GGGGCCCGGCCGGCUGAGGGGACGCUACGUCGCCACGGCUGCCGCCAUGGUCUCCUGGAUCAUUUCUCGGGCCGUUGUAGUUCCUUCAACGUUCAGGCAGGGCUGUUUCUGUUGAGAGAACUUGAAGAGUGUCUGUCAACAGCUCCUGAUUUCGAGGCUGGUGUUUGGGAUGCUGUAUCCUGCGUAUUACUCAUACAAAGCUGUGAAGACAAAAAAUGUGAAGGAAUAUGUUCGCUGGAUGAUGUAUUGGAUUGUGUUUGCUCUUUAUACAGUGUCUGAAACAAUAACUGACCUAACAGUCUCUUGGUUUCCACUGUAUUAUGAACUGAAGAUUGCUUUUGUUAUUUGGCUCCUUUGCCCAUAUACUCGAGGAGCAAGUUUAAUCUACAGAAAAUUUCUCCACCCUCUUCUUUCUUCUAAAGAAAGGGAGAUUGAUGAGUACAUCGUACAGGCCAAAGAAAGAGGCUAUGAGACCAUGGUGAAUUUUGGAAGGCAAGGGUUGAAUUUGGCAGCAACUGCUGCAGUGACAGCAGCUGUGAAGGGUCAAGGUGCUAUAACUGAGAAACUGAGAAGUUUCAGUAUGCACGACUUGACUUCCAUACAAGGAGAUGAGCCAGUAGGACAGAGACCCUAUCAGACCUUACCAGAAGCUAAAAAGAAAACCAGGGCCUCUGCAAGUGAAUCUUCAGGUUACAAAACUCCACUGGAAAAAAAUCCUGGAGAUGAUAAAACUGAUGAAGAGAUGGAAGGGACACAUUCAGAGGAUGAAAUAUUUGUUCAGAGAGGCCUUCGAAGAACUCAGAGCAUGAAAUCUGUGAAAAAAGGCCGUAAAGAGAUACGAUACGGAUCACUGAAAUACAGAGUAAAGAAGAGACCUGCUGUGUACUUCUGAGUGCAUUGCACAAUGGCUGCACAACAAACUGCUGUAUUGUAAUAACUUGAAUUCAGUGUAUCAAGCGUUAAAUAUCUGUGUCUGAUUCAUAUAAUGAGUAUGUAUGAUAGUAGAUAUGGUAGGACUUGGGUUUUAUGAACCUAAAUGGUUGGAUAAAGUAUUACUCUGCUUUUCUGUAGUUGUUUAUUGUUCAGACAAAUCUGGAGAAGUUACAGUAUGAAUUUCAUCACUCCUUAAAUAGGAAUUAAGUAACAGGAAACAGCCUUUUUCCAGAGGUACUGAACAGACUGAAAUAAUUACAACUCAAAUUGAAUUAACAGAAGUUAAGUAUUUGGAACUUGUGAAAAUUGAACCUGUAGUGUCCCCAAGUUUACAUGGAAAGAUAGAUAUACUUGAAAUAUUUUUCUGAACUACAACUCCUAAAAAGGCCUUUGUAUAAUGUAAAAAUGUACAACUUAAAGUACAGUGGAUAGUGGUGGGAAAAGAAAAGGGAAGACAAGGUAGGUACGGUACAGCUUUAAGAUCAUUAUCUUGUCAUAUUGCCAAGCUUAACAAGCUUAUAUAACACUAAUGGGUGCAAACUGGGGGUACAUUUAGCACUUUAUGCAAAACUUCAUAGUUUUGCACGCUCUUACUGAUUUACAGCUGCACAGGUCAUUUUAGUGACUUCUUAGGUAGGGUUAUGCUUCUCUUUUGAAUCCUUGUACUUCAUGAUCUUUUAAAAUCUAUCUUGUUAAGUACACUUAAGAUGCUCUAAAUAAUUGCUACUAACACUUAACAAUAUUAUCAGGUGCCUUUCGAUGUAUUACUAGGCUGUGUGGGGUUUUUGUCUGUAUAUGGUUUGUUGUUUUAUUUGUCUUUCUUGCUCCCUCACCUAGAGAGCUGUAAUGUGAUUUAAAUUAGUGUUUGGUUAUAAUUGUGGUAAGUAAAAUUUGUAGCAAUUCCAGUGAUAGACCUCAGGGAUCUGAUCAGCCCAUCAACUGUGUGUUAGAAGUCAUGCUGACAUAAAAGCAUGUAUGAUAGCUUGUUCAGGCCCUGGUUUGGUUUUGCUCUGCAUUGCUUUAAGAAUGAAUGAAUAUAUAUAUAUGUAGAUUGAUUAAGAAUGAAUAUAUGUAUGUUUUUAUACUUCAUAGCGUAUGUAGAUUUUAAAAUUGGCUGUGUAGUAAUUUCUUUCAUUGCUAAAGUUAGUACUAAAAUAUUUACAUACAGAUACCUUUCUCUAAAAGCCAGCUUAGUCAGCCAUUUUAUAACCUAGAGUCCUAUGGCAUAACUUCUCACACAGAGAUUAAUUUUGGAAUGUAAUUUAGACAUGGACUUGACAAAGUUACUUUUUGUUGUCCCUUUUGGUUUUACUUUCUGUAGUUCUGAGAAUUUGGCUGAUUUAGUUCUGACUGUUUUCUGCUGUGGAUUCAGGGAGAAAACACUUUUUGUAGACAGCAUUUUAUUACUUGGUAUGGGGAGAGAUGAUACUUUUCUUGAAGAGAAAAUGGCUUGUGAUCCUUCUUGAAACUCAGACUCCAACCCUUAGUUCUUCCCACCCAGUCAUCUGCAAGUUUACUGCAGUGUUUUAAAACAUAUUCUUCAGGCCAGGGCCUGCUGCUGUGCUUUUUAUUACGGCUAUAGCAGAUUCAGUGCUGGUGGGCACUUAAUGGCCUGUUACUAUAUGCUGACAUUUAGUCUUCUGUAGACUUUGGUCCAGGCUUUGAAUUGUAUGAAUAAUAGUGCAGCUGGGCUGUAUUGGCAUUGCAUUCCUCACUUGCUGUCGUAGGCAUUUGCAAGCCAAGUGCAAAGUCAUGAUCAAGUAUUAAAAUCCUGAUGGAGCAGUGGUUUUAGCAUCUCCGAGGAAGCUGAAUUCUUUAGUGACAAGUUGUAACAGUCCAUAAGUGAUUAAAAGGUCAAAGCUUGUAUUACUUUACUUGAAGACGCACUUUUGUACUACAAGACAGGAAGGCUGCUCUCUCCUGAAUGAGUUUAGUUCAAAAAUCCCAUCCUCUAACCAAACCUGCAACUUCUGAUUGAGCUUUCCUAAGGAUGUGUUGUCCAUGGGGGAGGCAGUGAUUAGAAAGGGAGCCUGCCUGGGGUGUGGUGCAUCACUUGUGCCCCAGGAAUGUUCAUGCUUCUCAUCCGAAUGUAGGGAAAGGCUGUCUGUGUAAAGGUAUGUACCAUUCUGAGAUGUUAGAGGAAGCUGAGGCUUCUGUAUUUGCAUCUUGUCCCUCUUUGGAAAUUAAACCAACCCAGGCCAUGGGUGGAAUAUCUAAGUCUCUAGUUGAAUGUCCACCUUGAGCACUUUUACUCAUCACGUUUGCUUUUUUGGCAAAUAGAGCAAUAAAAUUCUUGUCAUUCUACAAAUCAGAAUCCUGCACGAAGAAGCAGGGUAAGCCCUUCUUUCAGAGUUGCAGUUCCUGUGACAGGUAGAUCUUGUUUCUGGGACUGUGUGCUUUUCACAUUUCCAGGGCUAGAGAUAAUUUGAGUAGUUUAGGCUCACACUUGUGGUCAAUAAGUUGCUCUACAUGUCAUUAUGUACUUGAGGCUGUAACUCCUGACAGGCUUAACUUACUAAUUAAGUAGAGAUAAAGGCUCUUUUUUUCUCAACUAUGCAUGGAACUAGGAAAGCUGGCAGUAUUACUCCUAUUCAUUACUGUUUGCUUACUAAUGUACUUAUCUCAGAUACACUGUCUUUAGUGUAGAUAAAUCUUCCAGUGUUUUUCAUAGCUGUUUUUUUUUCAGUCUAAUAUCCUACUGUAAAGUUCUUUUCUUGACACCUUGAUUUUGCUCUUUGAAUUAAUCUUGCAAUUGGUUCAUUGUAUUAUCUUAAUUUUUUUUCCUUCUUGCUGUUCAUUGUCAGCUGAUGCUUUGCAGGGCACAAUGGCAUGAUUAGCUUUCAUCCCAAUGAUAUGUAUUUCUCUUUGCUUGUUGAAUUUAGUUUGGUUUUGAAAUAUUACAUAAUCUUUUAAACUGUGUACAGAUGAUUUUCAAAGUUCUUUUGCCUUAGCAACUGCAAAAAGGAUCUGUCUAGCUCUUGCAAGUAAACUUCUUGGAAAAAUGUUAAACAAAAAUCCAGAUUUAACUUAACAUUGUCUUUGGUUUUGGAAAUGUAAAACAGUAGCUCCUAUCAAAUUGAACAAAGCAUUUCCUGCAGACUGAACUGACUGACUGCCACCAACAGGACUGCUAAUUUACUGAAAGAAAAGCUUAAAUUGAGGUCAAAGGUACUUCAAAAGAGAAUAUGCAUUUCUUAAGUCAUAUAAAGGUUCAAGCCUUUCUAAAAUAUAUCUGAACUUACACAGAUUUCUUAGCAAAAGCCUAUUGUACAUGUGAAAAUAGAGUUUGAGAUGAGUAUUAAAUUGAUGACCUCAGGUGCAAAUAAACUUAUGCCAGAUUCUGGUUACAAGGUAAUUGCCAACAAAAGCAACUUAAUGCUAAUUGCUUUCCUAUAGGAAAUAAAGUGAAUAUCGUCCAUGAUACUUUUUGCAAACUGUAAUGAAUUUGAAAUGAACAGAAGAAAAUUUGGUUAAACAUGGUGGAGUAAAUACUAGAUGCAUUUAACAAGCUCUUCGUGACAAAAGAUUUGUUUUAUUUUUGGUCUUGCUUUUAUUAAUAUGAAGUUGGUAUUUUUAAUUACUUUUCUAUGAAAAUGUAUAUGUGCAAAGGCAACACUUUAACAUUUUUCAAGAACUUGUAUUUUUAAAUGCUACAGACCAGAGACUGUCUACAUUGAAACUGAAUAUAGAAGCUUUAAAAAAAUGCAAUGUAAGCUUUAAUUUUUGUAUUUUAAUAACUUGCUGUCAACUUGUUUACAUAUUUUUAGGAGGGAAAGCUUCAUUAUGCAUUGAUUUAUCUUGAUACUGUCUUUAAUAAAUGCUGUUUUCAGCAGGA